AUGAACAAUUCUGAACUUUUUGAAGACAUGGACAAAUUCUAUAGGUUACUCCGGCUGCGCGUGCACUUUGCAAGCGACGACGACCCAGAUGAUGUUGAGGAUACUCCAUCAGUAGCACCUGCAGUUGUACAUCCGGUUAAUCCAUUCAAGAAAAAAAGUACAUGGAACCCCCCACCCAGUAGAAUACCCGCUCUUGAAGCGUACAUCAAUGCAAUAAAAGAGGAAAUAUCCACACACUCCAAUCGCACUCAACAAAUUAAGGACAACCUGUCGCCAUCAGAACGCCAGGCACUCAAAGCACUCAAGCAUAAUGCGGAGAUUGUUAUCAAGCCAGCAGAUAAGGGUUCUGCAGUGGUUAUUAUGAACAGGGGUGAUUACAUCAAUGAGGCUAACCGUCAGCUUACCAACGAGACGUUCUAUCGCAAACUUGAUAGGGACCCGACGCAAGAACACGCCAAACUAAUCAAUGAGGCCAUCGAUAGAAUACUCAACAAGGGGGAUAUAGACGCAGAUACCGCUAGUUUCCUGCGUCCCGUAAAUGCUCUAUCAGGGAAAUUCUAUCUCCUUCCUAAGAUCCAUAAACCUGGAAACCCGGGUAGACCUAUUAUCAACUCUAUAGGCCAUCCGACGGAGAAAAUUUCUAAAUUCGUCGAUUUCCAUCUUCGGCCAAUUGUUGAAAAUCUACCAUCUUACAUAAAAGAUACCACCGAUUAUCUUAAUAAAACACCAUCCAGCAAUUUACCAGAAGGUAUUCUGCUAGUUACAAUGGACGUCGUCCCUCUUUACACAAACAUCCCUCAUGCGGACGGCAUUAAUGCCUGUCGGGAGGCAAAGGAACGCCGUGGUUAUAAGCACCCAUCGACUGAUAGUCUAGUAGAAUUACUUACACUUGUCCUCACACUCAACAACUUCCAGUUUAACAAUGAAAACUACUUGCAGGUCAGUGGUACAGCUAUGGGCACUAAGAUGGCUCCUUCAUAUGCUAAUGUAUUCAUGGGACAUCUUGAAUCCCAACUUUUAGCAUCUGCUCCAAUUAAGCCAUUCAGCUGGCUCAGAUUCAUCGAUGAUAUUGAAAUCAAAUGGACUUCGAACCGGACAUCACUCGAUGAAUUUAUAGAUCACGCAAACACGUUCCAUCCAACAAUCAAAUUCACUGCAGAGGUCUCCACGGAAACUAACACAUUUCUAGACACCAGUUCAACCUUACUUGACGGGAAAAUAAACACAGACCUCUAUUCCAAACCAACUGACACGCACCAGUAUCUCCGCCCGUCCAGCUGUCAUCCCUCACACACCACGAAGAGCAUUCCCUAUUCCCAAGCUCUACGUAUCCGACGGAUAGUGUCCGAUGAUACAGUCUUCGAACGUCGAUGCUCAGAACUUAAAUCACACCUUCUUGCUAGAGGAUAUAAAUCUACUUUGAUAGAUCGGGAACUAGACAAAGUCAGGGUACUUGACAGAGCCAGCCUUCUAGAAUACAAAAUCAGAACUCCGACACAAAGGGUCCCUUGUGUUGUCACGUUCCAUCCUAACUUGCCGUCUAUUUCUUCCAUUUUACAUAAUCAUUGGCGCAUCAUCGAGUCGUCAGCUGCACUCAAACGGAUCUUUCCAGAACCACCGUUAUUGGCCUAUCGUAGACCAAAAAAUAUAAUGACCUUAUGA